AUGCUCAACAUUGAUCCGCCGACUGCCGCGUUCCCCGCUUCCGGCGGAAAUUCGACGCACAACAUUGUCUCAGAAUCCGACUCGCGAAUGGCUUUCAAGGUAAAAUCAUCGAACAAUGAUCACUAUCGAGUUCGCCCCGUUUACGGAUUCGUCGACGCCAAAGGAAAGGCCAAGUUGGAGAUUGUGAGAUUGGAGGGACCGCCGAAAGAGGACAAGAUCGUUGUCCAGUGGGCCGAGGUGCCAGCUGACGAGACCGAUGCGCAAGCUCCAUUCAAAGCCGGUGCUCAGCAAGGAGAAGUCAUUCUACUCAUGAAGGCCACCUAG